AUGGUCGUGGGCUGUGGCGACGGGCUCUCGCCCGCUGAGGAGUCGCCCCCGACGCAAUCUGCGCCCCGGCGACAGCUGUCGGGGAAUUGGCCUAAUUUACCAGCGGCCGAACGCCGCAAUAGGCGGGCGCCGGCGCCGGCCGCAUUAGGGCCCGCGACGAGACAACGCUUGCACAUUAGCCCCUCGCGGCGCGCCGGCACCGCCGCGGACGCCCCAAGCGCCCACGCGCGCCAACCCACAAUCGACUCUGGCGACGCGCAAUUGGGCGCCUUUUGGCACGCAGUGCCGUGGCGGAUGAGGCCUUGUCGCGCUAGCCACGAUCGCCAGAGCUCGCGC